GAUUUGAGGUUGAAUUUGUGAUUUGUGAUUUCUUGGGUCUUUUGUAAUGCUGUUGAUUUGAGUUUGGAAUUUGUGAUUACUGAUUAGUGACUUGUUAAGCUGAUGUUGUUAACUUGUUGUGCAAUUAUGCUGCUGUUUUGUUAUGGAUUUAUGACACUGAGUGUUUUGAAUUUUGAAUUUGUGAUAAGUGAUUUGUGAUUAGUGAUUUUGUUAUGCUGCUGUUUUGAAUUAAUUUAGGGGUGAUUAUUUGUUAUGCUACUGUUUUGAAUUAAUUUAGGAGUGAUUAAUGAUUAUUUCUAGUUGUACUGUUGCUGUUUGCACCAUUGCUCUUUUCAUUAUUUAACUUUGUAUUUUGAGAAGAUCAUAUGGAUUUGGUUGAUAUUUCAUAUAAUGUUUUAAAUUUGGAAGAUAUUUAAGAUUUAUAUUAGACUAUAAUAUUUUAUGAUGUUUAUUUAUAAUUUAUUUAUUAUUUUAUUCUGAAACGGUUCUUCCGGUUGAACCGGUUAGACCAGUAAACCAGUGAACCAGUAAGUAGAGAGGUUUGAUGACCGGUCCGGUUUUCCGAACCUUGCUAAAAAGUGGUGCCUACUUAUUAAAAAAGGUUAAAAAUUAAUAUUUAAUUUAAAAAAUAUAAAAAUAAAUAAUUUUUAAAAAAUCAAAACUUAUUACAAAAAGUAAGUUAGGCAAAAUUUAGACACCAACUUAUAAGCUACGUAGAAUUGGCAAAAAAAAAUAAAAAUAGUUGAGCUCGAGGCACUAACCGAAUCCAGUGAGUCUCACGCAUAGGCAUAGCCCCCAUACAUCAGAGAAGAGAGACAUUGCCCCUAGGCCCUAGCAGCCUCUCAUCCCACACCUUCUCCAUCGCCGAACAGCUCUCCAUCGCCCAGAGGGUGCCAUCGCCGCCGGCGUUGCCACAACCCUCAAGUCGCCGCUGGACUAGCCUCCCACUUCUCCCGUCGACGUCGCUCACCUUCACAAAACCCUGCUCACGUUCGUUCUCUUCUCUCCGGCGCGCCUUAGCUCUGUCGCGGUCCUCUUCUUGGUGUUGCUUUCGUUCUCUCCUCGGCGUCUCUCUCUCUCUGUGUUCAAGCUAGCUCUCUCUCUCUCCGAUUUCACUGUAUCUCACCGUGGUGGAACAAAGGUGAAUAUGGAAUGCGUGGUUCAGGGUAUUAUAGAGACACAGCAUGUUGAGGCCCUUGAGAUUCUUCUUCAAGGGCUAUGUGGCGUCCAAAGAGAACGAUUAAGGAUUCAUGAAAUUUGCCUCAAGAGUGGUCCAAAUCUUGGCCCUGUAGCAUCUGAGGUUCGACUUUUAUGUGAUCUUGAGCAGGCUGAACCAUCAUGGACUGUAAGACAUAUUGGGGGUGCAAUGAGGGGUGCCGGUGCUGAACAAAUUUCAGUUCUGGUUAGGACAAUGGUUGAAAGCAAAGCAAGCAAGAAUGUGCUUCGUAUGUUUUAUUUACUUGGGUACAAGUUAGACCAUGAACUGCUUAGAGUGGGAUUUUCUUUCCAUUUUAACAGGGGUGCACAAAUCACUGUAACGGUGUCAUCAAUCAAUAAAAUGCUAAAGGUGCAUGCAACGGACGAGGCUGUACCGGUAACGCCUGGUAUACAGUUGGUGGAAGUAACUGCACCUGCAACUGGUGAAACCUAUGCUGAAGUUGCUUCUGCAGUUUCAUCCUUUUGUGAAUAUCUUGCACCGCUUUUGCAUCUGUCAAAACCAGGCAUUUCAACUGGAGUUGUUCCUACGGCUGCUGCAGCUGCAGCAUCCCUUAUGUCUGACGGUGGUGGUACAACUUUGUAGUGUGCUUGUAAUGUAUAGAUACAAAAUUCUUGUACACUAUUAAACUUUCAUGUUACACAUGAUUAGUUGUUAAUUGAAACAAGGAAUGGAACUCCAUUGACACAAGUUGCUUUGGAGUGGCAUAAGUUUUAUAACGGAAAAGAAGAGAAAUGCGUGAAAACUGUUAUUGCUCAUCAACUUCCAAACUUACAGUGCAUUUUUUAAUAUUUGUUUGGGUAAAGUAUAUUUCGAAAAAUAUUAAUAAUACCGGUAGCUUUUAAUUAA